UUGGGGAAUUCUUUCUUUUUUCGUUUCGGCGUCGUUGCGGUGUGCUUAACGCUGGUUUUGUCUGGACCGUUUUUUAUUUGUGAAGGAAUCAACUGCAUUUACUGAAUAGAAAAUGGACGCUUCAACAGAAGGAAGUCUUGAGACUGAGUCCAACAAUACUGAAGUUGAUGAUGACAAAUCCAAUUCUGAUUGUCAAUCGAUGCCCGGUUACAUGAGUUCCGUGCUGCGGCGACAGUAUUUGCAAGAGAUGGUCAAGGCACUGCCAGCGCCGGUUCAAAACAGAUUGGUUGCUUUGAAAAAUUUGCAAUUGGAACAUUUGGAAAUUGAAGCUGAAUUCUAUGAAGAGGUCUAUAAGUUGGAGAAAAAGUACCAGCUGAAAUAUCAACCCUUGUUUGAUAAGCGCACUGAAAUUGUCAAAGGUACCGUAGACCCACCCAAGGAGGAACCCAAGUGGAAAGAACCCGAAGAUGCUGCCAUGGAAGGCGAGGUUGAUCAAUUCAGUGAUGCACUUAAAGAAGUCAAAGCUAUACCUCAAGAUGCCAAGGGUAUUCCUGGGUUCUGGCUAACAGUGUUCCGUAAUACUGCAAUUUUGUCCGAAAUGAUCCAGACGCAUGACGAGCCUGCUCUGCGCAAACUUUUGGAUAUAGUUGUUAAAUAUGAUGACGAUCAUUCAUAUACCCUUGAGUUCCAUUUCGAUAAGAACGAAUACUUCUCGAAUACAGUUCUUUCCAAACAAUACUUCUUAAAGUCAACCGUCGAUCCAGAGGAUCCAUUCGCAUUUGAGGGUCCCGAAAUUUACAAGUGCACGGGAUGCACAAUCAACUGGGAGAAGAAAAUGAAUUUGACUGUGAAGACCAUUCGGAAGAAGCAGAAGCAUAAGGAGCGCGGCGCCGUCCGUACCAUUGUCAAACAGGUUCCAACAGACUCUUUCUUCAAUUUCUUUAACCCUCCAGCAGCUCCAACUGGAAAGGAAGAAAUUGAUGACGACUCCAAUCAGAUCUUGGCAACAGAUUUCGAAAUUGGGCACUUUUUGCGUGCCAGAGUUAUUCCAAAAGCAGUGCUUUAUUAUACCGGUGACAUUGUCGAUGAUGAGGAUGACGAGGACGAAGAGGAGGACUACGAUGAGAAUGAAGAUGACGAAUAUGAUUCUGAUGAGGCACCAAAGGCCCAAAAGAAAGCCCAAAAUAAGAAACAGUCGCCUAAUGAUUGUCCAAACCAGUAGAUACUAUACACAGAUAUUAUGUACAACAUACACAUAAUUCAAAUAUAAUUUGAAAUAUAUUUUUGGUGAAUUAACAAUUUCAAGAAAAAUAAAAUCAAUUAUGGGAUGUCUCCCAAAUUAAAAACAUCA